GCAACGUUUGUUCGACCCAUGGAGACCUGUGUCAACAAAGAGUCCUGUGUUUCCAGUGCGCUUCGAUGCACUUUCCGCACCACAGGAGCCAAACAGGGUCCGGAUUCAACAGGGGCUGCUCAGUGCGAAGACGGAAAUGCCUGUGAUCAACCCGUUAGCUCACUCCCUGGGCUCUCUUCCCCUGUUCGGGGAGAUUAGAGACCGAAAUAUCACGUUUGUCAUUGACACCUCUGACAGCAUGUACACCUGUCUUGAGAUGGUGAAACAUCAUCUCAUUGAGGCACUGCUGGCUAAAUCUCGGGCCGGAGACUCUCUGUUCAACGUCGUGGAGUUCUCAUAUAAGGUUACAAAAUGGUGUGACCGAAUGGUGACCUGCUCUCCCAACACUGUCUAUGGGGCCCUGGACUGGAUCCGUUCUCUGUGCUGUAAACCCGGUAGAGAUCUACUUGGUGCUCUGAUAGCUGCCUUUGAUGACCUAGCUUGCCAAGCUGUCUAUCUGGUAACAAAUGGCUUCCCCCACACAAAAGCGCAAGAGGUUUUGCAAGUGGUGUCGCGCGUAUCGCGGGAGCGCCCUGUUCAUGUUUUCUAUGUGGCUGACAAGUGGACGGACAGCGAAGAGCUGAGGUUUCUCCAGAAGCUUGCUCAGUGCACUAGAGGGAGCUGUCACCUCAUCGUUCUCGGUGCUGCCGACGUGAAACAGGUGGUUCCAGUUUACAAAACAGAAUGCUGGACUACUGGGCCGUUCUACUGGGAUGUGAAAUACUGCAGUGCAGGGACGAAUCUGGACAGACCUGUAACAGCUGUGACGGAUUUAUCCUUGUGCGCCUCCCCCCUGGGACACACUCACUGCUGUCACCCAGCUGUCACAGUACCUGCGAGGCACAAUUUGGUCAGUUUGGUUCCCACGUGUCCCCUUAGCACCUGUGAGAUCGCUGAAAUGCUGGAGUCACCCCUGGGCUCCUCUCUGUUAACAGUAGGCACUCGUGUCUUAGCAAGAAGAGAGCCGGAUGGGUAUUACUAUCUUGGGAGCAUUAAACAAGAAGUUGAGAGAAGAAGGGGGAUAUUCCUGGUUAAUUUUGAUAAACCAGCUCUCAUCGGUGGAAAGUAUCAGACGUCAGUGCAAAAGACCAGCAUAAUGGAUGUUUUACACUACACAGAGGCUCUCCGACACAGUGUUGUGCCAGGGGAUAAGGUUCUGGCACCAUGGGAGACAGAUCUGGUGAGAUACGGGCCUGGAAGUGUACUCUCUGGAGUUGAGAUAAGGGACCCACUAAGUGCCAAAGAUGGAGAGGAGAUCAGAGUAUCCUUCUGGAAUGGAAAAGAAGCUAAAGUGCCAAGAGGAGUAGCUGUGUGGAUCUCACCAGCUUUAUAUGAGCAAAUCGUAAAGGAGAUUCACCAGCCCCUCACUGCAAGAGGAGCCCUUGUACAAAAUGAAUCGAUUUGGCCAGAAAUAUGUGCUUGCAGAUCUGUACCGCUCCCCUUGUGUCAUCGCUCUUUGUGUAAGUGCCACAGUAUGUCCUCUCCAUAUUGCUCUUAUUACAGUCCCUGGAGAAGCACCUGCUGUGUUCCAGCCCACCAUUUAGGCAGCUGUCUUCACAAAUUGCACACGUGGUGGCCUUUAACGACGGGGAACCCACACUACACGAGAGACCCCCGGAAUGAAGAUCUGGAUAAAAAGAUUAACCUGCAGCUUCAAGAGCUCCGGGAGUCCAACAGGCCCCUUUCUGUCUCUUCCUCUUCGCUGUCAGAAGAGAAAAACUCUGAUUCGGAGGGAGAAGCAGAGCCCACCAGUAAAACAGCAGUACGUGUUAGUAUUGACCGGGCAGUCAACACAGACUCCAGUCUCUUUAACAGGCCAAGAUCAACGUCUCCAGACAGACCAGCCUGGAAGUACUGGAGGAGAAGCCACCCUGAGCCACUGCAUAAGACACCAGGGAACCAAGUCAGGAGUGUAGGGAAAUGCACUUUUAGUUCAGCAGACGUGAACUCUCCAGAGUUUUGCUUUGCUGGUCCAACCAAUCGCAGCGCAAUGUUUGAAACAAUUCCAUAUUCUUCAAGAAGAAGUAUUGGCAUGAAGGAUGUGUUAGCCCAGCAUGAUAUCCAACCUCCACUCAGGGAAAGUACUUGUGAAAAGCAUUUGAAAACAAAGGUGAUGAGAAGUUACCUGACAAGGCAAGCAGAGAAACGGAGAGCAAAGUGAGUCACCAGGAAGUCUUAUAGCAGUUUAGUUUGGGCCUGUUCCAGUCCAUUAGAUUUGCACGGACAUCCUGAAGUUAAUCCAUUUGAAAUGAUUACAGAAAUACAAAGCAAAAAAAAAAAGUUGCUCAGAGAUCUACUAGCAUAUGUUGAAGAAGCAUCUUUGCAACCUGCAUUGUAAUUGACUGAAGUGGACAACAUUUCUUGCAAGAAGAACUUUAAAUUACAGGAGGACUUAAAUCUCUCAAAAGAACUGAACAACUUGGUUCAGAUUUUAUGUGAUUUUAAGUCAUGAUUUAUUGGGACUGUAAUAGUGCCUGUAUGUUUUUUUCUGCCUCAUAUUCUGUUUAUUCUCUAGUGAAUUUAAGUAUUUUAAAGAAUUUUUGGGGACAAUUUCUUCAGGAGGCCUGUUUAAGCAUUUAAAUGAUGCACAAUGUUGUAUUUAUCUCUGACAUAAAACCUACAUAUAUGUAUAUCAAUUUCCCAAAAAGUAAAAUAAAGGAAUAAUAAUAUGUUCA